CAUCUCAUAAAAAAACAAUAAACAUUGAACAUAAAAUACAGUUUUUUACAUUAUAUUUUUUCUAGUCUAGAAUUUUGACUAAAUUAACCGUAUUUUCUAAUUAUUAAGUGAUAUUGAUAUAUUUUUAACAUUAUAAACUUGUUAUCAUGAAGUAUUGCUGUCACGAUUAAAACAUCUGAAACAACAUCAACAUUAACCAGUAUGGCAUCAGUUGUAUCUCUUUCUGUGAAAAAUUUACCUAAAAAGGCAGACAGUCUUUUCAAAUCAACUGAAUUUGCAGAAAUAUUAGAUGUUGAUCAGGAGUUACCACCAUUCUCAGAGUUAAUACCAUCACCAGCAUUUACAUAUCCAUUUGAACUUGAUACAUUUCAAAAACAAGCAAUACUCUGCCUGGAAGAUAAAAAGAAUGUAUUUGUUGCUGCUCACACUUCUGCCGGUAAAACAGUUGUCGCUGAAUAUGCCAUUGCCCUAUCAAUUAAACGAAAUUUAACUCGUGUUGUGUACACUUCACCUAUCAAAGCUCUAUCUAAUCAAAAAUUUCGUGAUUUUUGUACUACCUUUGGUUCAUCUAAUAUUGGCAUUUUAACAGGUGAUGUUCAAAUUCGGAAUGAAGCUCCUUGUUUAAUUAUGACUACAGAAAUAUUAUUACACAUGUUAUAUCGAGGAGCAAGUCUAGUUCAAGACAUUGAAUGGGUUAUUUUUGAUGAAGUUCAUUACGUGAAUGAUCCAGAACGUGGUCAUGUUUGGGAAGAAGUUUUUAUUAUGUUACCUCAUCAUAUAAAUAUUGUUUUGCUUAGUGCAACUGUUCCUAAUGUGGUGGACUUUGCUGAUUGGCUGGGAAGAACUCGUAAAAGUAAAAUUCAUGUCGUUUAUACUACUAAGCGUCCAGUUCCAUUGGAACAUUAUUUGUAUACUGGAUGUGAUGGAAAAACAAUUAAUGAAAAAUUUCUUCUAAUCGAUAGUCAAGGUAAAUUACGAGAAGAAAAUUAUCGUAAAGCUAUGGCAGCCAAGAAAGAAAGAGAAUCAAAAUAUCACAAGAGUUUUGGACCUAUUAAUAAGUCAUCAAUGGGAUCAGAUAAAACUGUUAGACAAACUUAUAUUACAGUUAUUCGACAUUUAGCUAAAGAGCAACAACUUCCAGUUAUUAUUUUUACAUUCUCUCGACGACGAUGUGACCAAUAUGCUCGUAUGCUUGCAAGUCCUUUGGAUUUAACCACAGCAGAAGAAAAAGGAAGAAUUCAAAGAUUUAUUCAUCGAUCUUUAUUACGUUUAAAAGCUGUAGAUCGAUCUAUUCCUCAAAUCAAAGAGAUAACUGGAUUGUUGAAAAAUGGUUUAGGUAUCCAUCACAGUGGCAUUUUACCUCUUCUCAAAGAAAUCACAGAAAUAUUAUUCACUGAAGGAUUGGUUCGAGCACUUUUUGCUACUGAAACAUUUUCCAUGGGAAUAAAUAUGCCAGCUCGUAGUGUAAUAUUUGAUUCAAUUCAAAAGCAUGAUGGUAAAGUUUUUCGUGAUUUAGAACCUUCAGAGUACAUUCAAAUGGCUGGUCGUGCAGGUCGUCGUGGUAAAGAUAAAACUGGAAAUGUGUUAAUACUUUGUAAAGGUGAUAUACCUGAAAUGUCUAUUCUUGCUCGGAUGACUGUUGGUAAAGCAACUGAGCUUCAAUCGCAAUUUCGGUUAACUUAUUCUAUGAUAUUGAAUAAUUUAAGAGUUCGAGAACAUAUUAGAAUUGAAUCAAUAAUGGAAAGAUCUUUUGGUGAACAUUCAACCCAAAAAAUGGCCUCUCAAAGAACAGAAGAAGUGAAAGAAUUACAAGAGCAACUUAGUUGUAUUCAACUUGAAUCAUGUGAAUUUUGUGGUGACCUUAGGGAAUUUUGUAAUGAUGUAAUUGAUUGUCGUCGAUUACGUAAAGAGGCAAUGCCAAUUAUUUGUCGUCAAUUGGUUGAACUUAAAAAAAUGAAAAUUAAUGGCCGGUUAAUUGUUUUUGAUCAUGAAGAACAUCCAUUUAUGUUGGGAAUAAUUUAUGAUUCCCGAACAGCUUCAAAGGAGACAAUAUUUGAUGUUUUAGGAUUAUUUCCAGAAGAUAUUGUAUCAUACAAUGGAGAAGUGAAUAAUUUACGAUUUAUUUCAACCAAAGUAUUUCCAUCUGAUAUAAUAAUGAUAUUGAAAGAUAUUGUGGAUGGAGCUGAUUUUCGGAUUCAACGAGAAAAAGAUGGAUUAUCAUUAAGUGAACGACCAGUGACAAAAAAAUGUAUUGAAAAUACUCUCAACUUAUUAGCUGGUCAUAGUCAUGAAAGACCCUUAUCAUGUUCAAUGGGAAUCUUUUUUCUGGAUGAAAUUGAUCCAAUUAAAGAAAUGGGUCUUAAUAAAUUGGAUCAAGUAGAAGUAUUUGAUUCAUUAGAGGUUAAACGGAAUCAUCUUCGAUCACGUGAAUGUUUAAUUUGUCCUAACUUUUUAAAUCAUUUCAAGAUAAUGAUGACUCGUAUUUCACUGGAAACCAAAUUAAGUCGUGCCAAAUUUGAAUUGUCCAGGGAAAGUUUAAGUUGUCUUCCUGAUUAUGAGUGUAAAGUGAACGUACUCAAAAGUUUAGAUUAUAUUACAGAUGAUGAAGAAAUGGUCCUAAAAUUGAAAGGAAAAAUUGGUUGUUCAAUGUCUGAACAUGAAUUGAUUUUAACUGAGCUUAUUACUGAAAAUCUUCUUGCUGAUCUCUCUCCACCUUACAUUGCCUCUUUAUUAUCUAUUUUUGUUUAUCAACAAAACUCUGAGCCACCUGAAUUUGAUGAAACCAUGAAAAAACUUCUUACCAAAACGCGAGAUAUUGCAUUAAAUAUUGGACAACUUCAACAAAAAUUUGGAAGUAAAAUGCCUGCUCAAGAUUUUGUUAAUCAAUUAAAAGAUGGUCUUAUGGUUGUUGUCUAUAAAUGGGCCUGUGGAAUGCCAUUUGCCGAGAUCAUGCAGCUAACACAAGUUCAGGAAGGUUUAAUUGUUAGAUGUAUUCAAAGACUUGAUGAAUUACUCAAAGAUCUCAAAGGUGCUGCUGAAGUUAUGGGGAAUCCAAAUCUUGCUGAAAAAAUGGAUGAAACCUCUGAGAAAAUAAGACGUGAUAUUGUCUUUGCUGCUAGUCUUUACAUUCAAGAUGAUGAAGGUGAUAUCGAUGAUCAAAUCAUUGAUGAAGAUGAACUAAUUGGUGAACUGAUGGCACCGUGAAUUGAUAUUACUCUGUAAUAUUAAACAUAAAACUCUUUGCCUUUUUGUUAACUAAAAUUAACUUUUCUUGUUAUAUCAAUUUACAUUCACUUUAAAUGUAAUAGAUAUGCAAAUCAUGUUAACAUAUUUACUAAAAUCAUGUUUGAGAAAAGUAUUUUAGAAUAUUUUUACCUUUUUUUCUUAUUUAUUAUAUUAUAAUUUUCUUCUACUAAUUGCUUGUACUAAUAAUAAUG